CGCGCACACGCACACACACACACACCGCCUCCGGUUCACUUCAGCCUCAUCCCGCUGAGCCACAUCCACUGCCGAGACGCAUACACAUAAACACACACACACACUCACUCUAGUUCCUAUGACAUGGCCUUCUUCUAGCAUCCCAGUAAUCGACUAAGGAAAGUGACGAAACCGGAGGAGAUUCUCGAAGACGUCAUUCAGCACUCAACAUCUAAAGAGUAUUAAAAAUCAGUGAGAUUAACAUUUAAAACGACCGAAAACGAGUGCGACCCGAGAUUUCUUUACAAAACGCACAGCAGGCUUCUGAGCAGGAAUAAUGAGGAACAGCUGGAUGUCGCUCGUUCUUUCGGCACUAUGUCUUCUGGGAAAAGGGGUCUUUGUGACAGGUCAACAGAUGUCAGUCAAUGUCCUCUACCUGGAUGAACAGUCUGGUGAUGAUGAAAUCACCUCUGGCUCAGGAUCAGGUUUUGUUGAAAGUGAUGAUGAGGAUGUGCAGACAAUGGAAAAAACACAGAACAUAAAGCCUACACAGUAUUUCAUCCAGACAACGAGCCUAGGUCCGGAGAUCACCUCAUUUAAUGUGCCAGCCACACGACUGGCCUCCACAGAUGCAGGACAGCAGGUCACAGAGACGGAGAAAUCCCAGGGUAAUGGCUUAGCCACCACCAUAAGCAGCUUUCAAGAUGUGAGACGGGGGUCUGAGAAGGAAACUGUUGUGCAAUCCGAAAACCUGUUCCAGAGGACUGAAGUGCUGGCAGCUGUUAUAGCUGGUGGCGUGAUUGGUUUCCUUUUUGCAAUCUUCCUCAUUCUCUUGUUGGUGUACCGCAUGAGGAAGAAGGAUGAGGGCAGCUAUGAUCUACAAGAGCGCAAACUACAGAGUACAGCUUAUCAGAAAGCCCCAACCAAGGAGUACUAUGCCUAAAUGAGCGAUUACACUCAAAAUUAACUACCAUAUGACAAACAUUUCCUCAGUCAUUAAAAGCAAAAGCUGGAAUUUUAAAAGACCAAGGAGGUUUUUAUUGGGAACCUAUUUAAUAACAAAGAUGCAGUAUUUUGCUUCAUAAAGCCAAUCAGAUAUUAUGUUUUUAUUAUGGAUACUGACUUAUUUCUCGUGUGGUUUUUAAAAAUUGUUGGAGAAAAUAUUGUAAUUUAAAACAAUACUAUGUCAUGAUUUGUUUUCAGCCACAGAUUACUUUGUGACUAGAGAUACAUGUGUGUCUUUUUUUAAAUAUACAAAAGGUGUGAAUUCUGGAUUGUAAAUGUACUUAAUCCUUUAUACUAUAAUGAUUACCCUGAUCAUAUUGCAGCAUCUCUCUAUUGAUGUCAGUAUCUCAUUCUUAAUUUAGGUACUACAGAAAGUGUUGAUUUUUUAUAAAACAUUCUCUCUUUUAAACGGUUCUCCUCUGGGCUUGUAAAUGUUUAAGUGCUGUUAACACAAAUUUGUAUAUUUUGUCAAUUCAGUAUCAAAGUAUCAAUUUUGAAAUUGUCUUAUUUGCUUCGAAUUAUUUUAUAAAAUCCAGCCAAGAACAAAUCUCACACACACACACACACACACACACACACGCAUGCACGCACACGCACGCACGUGCACACACACACACACACACACACAGUCUUUAUCUCUCUCUCUCUCUCUCUCUCUCUCUCGCUCUCAUUAUGGCAGGUAAAGUAACCUCACUGUAAAUGUCAUUACUAUUUUGUCCUUUAUUCCUUCUGUUUUUCAAGCCCAAAAUGUUUUUAUUAUUAUAAUUAAUCCAUGACACAUAAAGAAAGCAAUUGAAUUGUCCUCUUUAAACAAAUUCAGUACUGCAACUUAAAAAAAGGUAAAAAUAAUGGCAUUACCACGAUUAGCUUAAAGAAAUUUGAGUUAUUUGCACUAAACAACUUAUAUUAAACUGAUUGCAUCAAGCAAAUUUAAUACUGUCUACAUAGUUAUGAAACACUAGUUUCAGUCGAUAAACUGAGGCAGAACCAGCAGUCAACAAGUGCAUAAAUGUUCAUUAAUGAGUCCAAAACUUUCCAUUUCAAUGGUCAUCAAAGCUAUAUGUUUACGAGCCUGGAAACAUUUCACUUCUUAAAAUAUGUCUGCAGAGCUAACCACAGAUUAUUCUCCAGUCUGAUGUCUGUAUUUGUUUAAGAGUUGGUUGUUUGCUUUGGUCAGAUCUGGUCAUGAAUGUUGAUAUUGCUUCCUAUGAAAUGCAUUAAAUAUUGAUGCAUCUGUGGAAACUCAAGAUUGUUUAAUGAUAAAAAUUCCAUUGUAUUAGAUUGAUUAAGCGGAUAGCAUCAAUGUGUUAUCCAAAAUUAUUGAGUGAUGACCAAAAAAAGGAUGCUGAUUCAUUCAUGACAUAUGGAGAUUCCAAGCACAAGUGCACUUCAUUGACAUGUAUUGGAUUUUUACACAUACUGCGUUUACUGAUGAUAUUUUAUACAUUUCCAAGUGUUAAAUUCAUGAUUCUUGUUAAGUAUUAAUAAUUGUCCAAAGCCUGUCCUGAUUAUUGUCAUGAUGACACUAUUACAUAUUCAAAUUCUUUUUACCUUUUCUGUUUCCUGUUUGCUUAAUUUCCUUUAAGGAUGUGGCCGUUAGAGUCAAUGAUUUAUUUGUAUAUGUUAAUAAAUAAUAAUUUAUAGAAUAUAACUAUUUAUAUACAACAUAUUAAAUGUAAAAUGUUAUAUAAAAAACAACAAUCUAGCUAAAUGUAUAUUCACAUUUAAAUGCCCUUAAAGUGCCUACUGUUUUGAAAGAUUUUAAGAAACAUUUUAGGGCAUUUGAAGACAUUUGUACAACAGAAUAAAAGAUGGAGUUUCAUCAGCAUGGCUGAUAAUGGAAUGGCUAUGGAGUUAUAAAAUCAGUGUUGUAAUAAAAUCUAUUGAAGAAA